AUGGAAACUGAUGAAGGAUUGAGGCCUGUAGAGUUCUUGAGGGGAAGGCUUCUUGCGGAGAGACAAGCUUCAAAGACUGCAAAACAAGAUGCUCAACUUAUAGGAAAUAAGCUAAUGGAGCUGGAGAAAGAACUCAAAGAAGAGACCAAACUAAGGAACAAAGCUGAGAAAAGGCUCAAAUUGUUGAGGAAGAAGCUUGAAUCCCGCAAAUCAGAACGCCAUGAAGUUUCCUGUGUUUCAUCCACAAGCAGUUCAUACACCACUAUAACUAAUACAAACGAUUUUUCACAUGAGAAGUCCAGUGUUGAAUCAAGUUCAGGCCAUGAAGUUCCAAAGGUUGAUGAUACAAGACUGGAGAUUGAUAAUGGAAGAAAUGAGAAUUACGAGGAUGAUGAUUCUGUUGAUGACUCAUUGGCAUUGGUUCCAUUCUUCCUACCUGAAACCAAGGUGACCCCUGAGAUAAAGAUAGUCAACAGAAGUAUAGGUGAAGUUCUUGAAACUCUAAGGCAUGCCAGGGAAAGAAUUCAGAGCUCAAUGGAAAGAAGGCAAAUGAUUAGAGUAGGGCCAUCUUGAAUUCAUGCGAAGUAAACAGUGAUGAUUGUGGCAUUUAGAUAAAUAAAGUACAGAGUGACAGAUAUUGCAGUGAAAC